AUGACUGAGUUUUCUUUGGCUGUUACCAAGAAGAAAACCCAGUUUUCAAGCCUUUUGCUUUCUAACUUCAUGCUCUUUUGCUCCUACAUUCUUUCUAAUCCACUUUAUUUGUCUUACUUCAUCUUCUUCUCUCCUUAUCGCUUCAAGAUUUUCUCUUUCCUUUCGUCGCUCUUUGCCACCACUUCCCUUUUAGUUCUUGCAUUAUUUACGGUAUUAAGUUCCCAAGUAGUCGACGAUGAAAGUGAUGGCUUACCAUGCUUGGAAGAGCUUGAAGCGUAUAAGAUCAUGUUUGAAGCUUCAACCAUUGAAGAAAUUAGAGAAAACCCAGAUGAAGUUUUGGAGACGGAAGCCAUUGUUGAUUGCUUACUAGUUGUUGAUGAACUUGACGACGACGCUUCAGUUCAUAACCCUGAAACAUUGACGAGUGGCACUUCCGAUGAAGAAUCAGUGGAGAUUUCACGUCCGAAAACUGUUCAGGUAAAUGCUGUAGUGAAGAUCUUUGGAGAUUUUUUGAAAGAAAAAGAUGGGUUUGAAAACUUAUCGCCUAAAGAGGGAGAAAAAGAUGAGGAAUCCGAGGCAAUGGGGAGUAAAGUAAGUGAUCCAGAGGCUACAGUGGGAACUAAAAAUGGCGUGGAGCUUGAAGUCAAAACAAUGGUGAAUUCCCAAAGCAUUAACAACGAAACAUCGGGGUUGAGUUAUUUGAGGUCAACGAGGAAAGAAAAGGAGUGGAAGAGGACAUUGGCAUGCAAGAUUUUCGAGGAGAGACACAAGGUGACGGCGUCGGAUGAAGGUGAUGAAGGGAUGGAUUUAUUAUGGGAAGCAUAUGAAAGAAGUGAUUUCAAUAAGUCGAAUCUGAAAAGUGUUUGA